AUGGCAAGCGGUGAUACAGGCAGUGAUUCCGAGCCGAUUGAUGAGGCAGUGAUGGAGGAGCACCACGUGAUCCAGCAGAGCCGCAAUCUGUACGAUCUGAGCGAAUGGGAUGUGGAUUGCGAGGUAUGUCUUAUCGUCUUCGAUCGGAUGAACUUUGCUUAUUCAGCGCCUGGCAGCGAAUCUGACACUCGUCGCAUCGAUAAAUCUGUCCUUCUGGACACUUUUUUGGCAUGUUUUGUUACCUCACCGCAUCAAUGCUACAGAACUGGCGCAGUUCUUUCUGGCACACUUGCUUUUCUCUCUUGGCUUUCCCUGGGUUACUUUAUUGAAGAUGUGCUCUAUUCUGCUAAUUGUUGUUCUUCGUUGUUUCUUUUCAUACGGUAG